AUUUUAUUUAUAUUUUAUUAAAUAAAAAAAAUUAAAUUAUCAAAUAAAUCAAAAAUUCAGGUCAAAUGUUAAAUCUCUUGCCAUGUAAGCAUGACAUGGCAAUUUUUUGCCAUCCAAGCAGCAAGCGGGGUGUGUCCUCAACGACAGUUAAGUCAGGCCGGCAGUCCCAAACGGCAGUUAAGUUGGGACCCCUGCACGUGGCUCCGGACGCGUCAAAGUCGGUACUUGUUCCUCUUGCUCUACUCUCCUAUCCUCCUCCCUUUCCUCUGCGCAACUUUUCCUCUACUCUGUGCCACGGAGUUCUGCUUCUGGGUUUUUCACGAGAAGACGAGAAGGAAAGCAGUUGCACGGCAGUCAACAAACGAGGAGGAGCGGCUGAGGGGAUGCAAGGAGGGGUGUGGGUGAAAUAAUGAAGGGGAAGAAAGUGAGGUGGGGUUGUUGCUCAAACCCAGAUCUGGGUGUUUCUCAAACCCAGAUCUGGGUUUCACAAAUCUGGGUUUUCUCUAGUGAUUUUGAUUGUGGUUUUUUCUUUGUAACUUUGAAAGUUGAAACGUCUCUGCCGAUUUUGGGUUGUCACUAUUGUUGUCUUUAAUUGUUGACAUUUUUCUGCGCUAAGAUUGAAACUUGUUU